CCUCCUCCUUCCGCAGCUCCAUUCCUCCUCUUCUUCUAUUCGAUCUCCUCCUCCCUUCCUCUCCUCCACUCCCUUCCCGCGGUUGUACCACCGUUCUCGCCCAUAUGAAGAGCAACAGCGCCCGCGAGGGUACUAAGUUGGAGCGGAAGACGUUGGAGAAGAACCGCCGGAUCCUGAUGAAGAACUUGUGCAUGAAGCUCGCUUCCCUCAUCCCCAAACAGCAUUGCGACAGAACAAAGGAUAUGUUGAGCCAACAAGAUCAUUUGGAUCAAGCCACAUCUUAUAUCAAAACUCUUAGAGCAAGGAUUGAGAAGAUGAAGGAGAGGAGGGGCCAAAAGAUGAACAUCCAAGAAUUGGACAUAGAAAUUGACAGUGGGACUACAUCAUCAGAGUUCAAAUUGCCCGUCCUCGAAAUAAGGCACCAGGAUUCCGACUUAGAGGUGGUUCUUGUAAGCGGGCAGGAGAAGAGGUUCAUGUUCCACGAGGUGAUUAGUAUUCUUGAGGAAGAAGGAGCACAAGUUAUCAAUGCCAACUUCUCCAUUGUGGGUAAAAAAAUCUUCUACACAUUGCAUUCCCAGGCAGUGAGCUCUAGACUGGGGCUAGAUGCUUCAAGAAUAACUGAGAGAUUGAACCAACUGAUCAGAUGAGAUCAGCAUUCAUAUGGAGAAAUCACUUUCCUCCAGAAUUAUUUGCCCAUUGAUGUAGCUAGGCAAUAUAGAUAUGAAUCAGUGUUUGAGGAAAAAGAUGAAGAAAAACUAGAGCUUGAUGAGGAAGGGUGACUGUAUAAUAUUAUAAUAUAUAAUAAGUUUGUCACACAACUUCUAUUUUCGUAUCCUAGCAAUGUGUAUGCGAUUCAUCUUGAAGCUAAUCAUGGCUAAUUGCCUAAUGUUAGAUUUCCAAAUAAAUAUAUAUCGUUUUUGAUAUGGAUUAUAACUUGUAUGAGAUAUUCCAAAUAAUCAUUUGACUAAUAUCAUGUUGCAAUUUGUGUGUGUUAAA